CAGAGCACAAGUGCAGCACACCUUCACAAACAAGCCUUGAUACGCAGCUUGUAAUGUGACAAUUUAUGAGAUCUACGUUGAGAAACCCCUUGAUUUUAGGAAACAGCAGUGGUGCAGUCAUCUAAAACAAGUGUCCAUGGAGAGCGAGGUGCAGCCGUCUGCUCAGGAACAGCAUGGGUCAUUUCUGCUCAGGCAGCUCGCCAGAAUGAGAGCAGCUGAAGAGCUCACUGACGUCAUCCUUCUUGCAGAGGGCAUUUCCUUCCCAUGCCACAAGGUGGUUCUGUCUGCAUUCAGCCCUUACUUCCAGGCUAUGUUUACAUGUGGUCUGAAGGAAACUCGAGGAGGAGAGGUGCCCCUCAGAGACACAGCUGCACAGAGCCUUGAACUGCUGCUGAAGUACAUGUAUUCGGCUGAACUCCCGCUUUGUAACGACAACAUCCAGGGAGUUGCUGCUGCUGCUGCCUUCCUGCUCCAUGUGGAUGGAGCUUUUAGGUUGUGUCAGAGCCACAUGGAGGCCCACAUGGAUGCCUCAAACUGUGUUGGGCUGUACUAUUGGGCCAGAGAUCUUGGUGCUAUUGAUCUGGCUGACUGUGCUUUGAAAUACAUCUGUCAACACUUUACCCAGGUUUGUGAGGAAGAAGAAGUGCUGGACCUUGAUUCCCAGCGUCUUGGGACUCUCCUGGGAUCGGAUGACCUCAACAUAUCACAGGAGGAACUUGUGCUCGAGUUGGUGCUGCGGUGGGUUGAGAGGCACAGGAGCAACUCUCAGAGCGAAACCCAGGCUGUGGAGUUGCUCCGGCGAGUGCGACUAGAGCUGGUGGAUCCUGGAUUCCUCCGGAAAGCGAGGAGGAGGAACCCGGUACUGCUGCGGGAUGCAGAGUGCUUUGGCAUGAUCGAUGCUGCCCUGCAGACCUCGAGUCUCUGUGAGACGUCCGCUCCACCUCGUCCACCUCUUCGAUAUGGCAUGGAGACAACAGAUUUGCUGCUCUGCUUGGGUGGAGUGAACACAGAGGGUGUGCCAGCGAGACGUGGAGGACUUGCUGACCAAAGUUUUUGCUUUGCACCCCUUGGUAGAAAGACCUACUACAUCCCGUCUCCGCUGAGAGACUAUGGCGGUCAGGGCCAGGUCACAGCAGGAGCAGUGACCCGGGACAGCAGCAUACUGGUGGCUGUAGAGGCCGAGGAUCAACACAGGAGGAAGAGGCUGGACAUCUACAAAUACAGUAAUUCUGAAGAGAAAAUCUGGGUGAAGCUCUGCUCUGCACCCUUCAGAGACAUGUAUGCCUUGGGGUUGGUCGGAGAUGCUCUGUACCUCAUUGGCGGUCAGAUGAAAGUGCGUAAUCACUACGUCAUAACGGACAGUGUGGACAGAUGGUCACUGAAGAGAGGAGGCAGCUGGCUCAGCUUCGCACCUUUACCACUUGCUUUGGCCUGCCACUGCACUGUGAGCCUGAAGGAGGGUCUCUACGUGCUGGGCGGCUGGACCCCACAGGACCAGCCAGACGAUGAGCCUGACAAGCUGAGUAACAGAGCGUUUCGAUUUGACCCGAGCAAAGACAGGUGGUCAGAGUGUGCCAGGAUGAAAUACUCCAGGUACCGCUGCGGCACAGCUGUACUCAACGGAGAAAUCUACAUAUUAGGCGGUAUAGGAUGCGAAGGUGAGGACUGUGGACAAUCACGGCGCUGUCUCAGCUCUGUAGAAAUUUACAGCCCAGAUGCAGACAGCUGGAGGCCGGGUCCAACACUCCCCACAGCCCUGCUUUCGCUUCGAACCAACGCCUCCAACAUAGGAACGGUAGAAGGAAAGCUCUACCUCUGUGGAUACUACAAAGGGGUUGGUCGUCAUGAGAUCAUCACCAAGGAGAUUUUGGAGUUGGACCCUGCAGACUGUGUGUGGACGGUUGUGGAGAGACGAGCAGCGAUGCACGACAGCUAUGAUGUUUGUCUGGUGGCUAACCUCAACCCUCGGGACCUCCUGACACCCUGACUCAAGCACCUCCUCAUGACUCUCUGAGAAACAAUGCAAGGGCCUGAUAUGUGUGCGUGGGGGGUGACUGCAACGAGUGGCCAUUCUCACAAAGCUUCAUUCUGACAUAAAUACUUCACUCCCACAUGUCAGACGUCUCAAAACAAGACUGAAUGAAAUAGGCUUGUGUGCAUUUAGUUUAUAUGAAUCAUUUUGCUGCUUGAUGAAAUGGAUGACUUUCAUUAAAUAGCUUUUAAGAAAGGCUUAUAGAAUAGUUUUGUUUUUGUUUGUUUCUUUUACAAAAACUGUCUAAAACUUAUAAGCACAAAAAAGCCUUUUUAAAACUUAUUUGACAUGAACAUCUUAAAGGAUAAACUUCCUGACAUUGUUGUAUAAAGUGCACUCCAAGCUUGAUAGCUACCCUGGAAAAGACAUGUAAAAAUGUUUAUUAAGAUGUGUAAAAAAAAAUUUAUGCAGUAACAUGCUUUUAUAGAAAGCUCAUCUUGAAAUUCAGAUUACACAUUCAGUGAAAUGAACUGUGUAUCAGCGCUGUACUAUUAAAACUUUGCACUACCAUUUUUGACAAAUAGACAGCACUUUUUAUUUUUCCAUACGAUUUCACAGAGAGUGGUGUUUUUGACCAUUACUUUUUGCACAGUUUUUCCAGAAGCCUGGGUCCUUUCUGUUUGGGAUGUGGGUCUUUGAACUGUGAUGUUCAGGGAAUGAAUAAAGUUUUGUUGACAGAAUGA